AUGUCCGCCGGUGUCGCCACCUUCUCGCUUCUCUCCCUGGACAGUGUCAUCAAAUAUUGUUCGUUUCGCAAAAGGUACAGUUUCACUUCUUCUCUCCCUCUCUCUCUCUCUCAACAUUUCUCACUUCCAGACGAGACCUGGCCCAGUCGAUUCCGUCGCUUCGAAAGCGAAACAUUCCGUUUAUUCUCGAGAGUGUGUCGAUCGAAAACGAUUGGAUUAAAAAAAACAAGUAUUGGUUCUACGUCAACGAUUCGCAGUUCAUUUUGGAGUCCAUCGAGCCAAUGUUCUACACGUUUUCGGCCGUCGAGUGCAAGAAAAUCGAGUUUGUCUCCAAGGAGACGAUCGAGAAACUCGUCGAGCAAUUUGUCACGUGGCUUCUGAAUCGAAGAGGCACUUUUGUGCGAGUGCUCGAGUUCCGGGUUGGUUUCCGAAAGUUUGAAUGACUCUGAUCGAUCGAUAAUACGUUCAGAUUCCCCAACUCUACGCUCUUGCUCAUUCGCACUUUUAUGUGCUCAAAUUCCCGAUUGAAAUGGUUUCGUUUUCGCUGAAACUUACCAAACCGCGAAAACUCGAUAAAGAAGUGUGCGAGCGGGUUUCGAAAAUGGACACGUGCUUUUUUGAAGGCUUUACGGUGAUUUCAAGACGUAAUUUUAUAAAUUUGCAUUGUUUUUUUUAGAACUUGAACGCGAAAGAGGUGGAAAUCGACACGGGAAGACACGAGGACAUGCGUCUGCUCCAACUGCAACACAGCCUUUUGAUGAUCUCCGAAGAGAAGAGCACAUUGGCAACGUUUGUCGAGUAUUGCAAGGUUCGAAAGGAUUCCGAGAAGCCGUUUCAAACGUUUUUUUCAUUUUCAGAAACUGCUAUCAGGGAACCACUCGAUCGGCUCGUAUUACAUGAGCGAUGUGGAGCUGGAUGAGGAGAGCGACGACGCGGAAAAUGCGAUUUGGGAGCGAAUUCGAACAACGUUUGGGAUUGAGCGAAACGAAAGUCAAUCGGUUCACAUCUCGGAUUCUGCCGAGCUGAUUGUUUCUUGUGACUUUUCAAACUCGUGUUCCGCUGAAAUUAUGAGCAGGGAGCUGAAGAACACCUGA